UAUUCAAAUGAAUCAUCAUUUAUAAUCGUGUAAAGAUAUUCUCAAUAAAUAAUCCAAAAUAAAAUAAAUGAAAAUGACUACAUUCACGACAAAAAAUCAAUCACGAAAACGAUGGUAUCGCAUAAUCGGAGCUGUUAUCGUUAUAAUAAUUCUAGUCACGUUAAUCAUAUUAUCUCGACGUGAUCGUAACAAUGUGUCAAAUUCAAAUGGUUCGUCAUCAUCAUCAUCAUCAUCAAUAUUCUCAAAUAGUCAACGUGAUCCGUCAAGGAGUAAAACCGACGGCAAACGACGUCAAUAUUAUAGUGAUGAAAUGAUCGAAUAUGAACCUUUGAUUCAAUUGCCGGGCAUUCAAAUCAAAGGUCAAGUUCGUACUGUUGCCAAUGGUAAAUUAGUAGCCAGUUAUUUAUCCAUUCCAUAUGCAGAACCUCCAGUUGAUCAACGACGAUUUAGACCUCCACAAUUAAAACAAUUCAAUAAAAAUCUAACAUUGGACGCAUUUUAUCAACCAAUCAAAUGUUAUCAGAGUACUUUUGUGCUAAGUAUCACCGAAGUCAAAGGCUUGGGAGAUGAAACUAAAGAAGAUUGCCUAUUUCUAAAUAUAUGGACACCGUUCAAAGAAGAUGGUCAAAAUAAUAAAACGGCCAAAAAAACUGGCAGGCCAGUUUUGGUCUUUAUUCAUGGUGGUAUAUUUCAAUUCGGCGGCAUUGGAUCGCCAGAAUUAGAUCCUUCAGUGUUGGUAGCAGAAAAAGAUAUUAUUGUGAUCACUAUGCAAUAUCGAUUGGGAGUGUUCGGAUUCGGAUCAUCCGUUGCCAAUGAAAAAAAUGAAAAUUUUCGCAGCCUUGGACUGCAAGAUCAGGCUAAAGCAUUAGAAUGGAUACAAAAAUAUAUCAAAUCAUUUGGUGGCGAUCCAAAUCAAGUGACCGUUGUUGGUCAUGGUGCUGGUGCUAUAUCACUUGGAUUCCAUUUGAUGCAUAAAGAUACCAAUAAAUAUUUUCAACGUGCAGUUCUUCAAGGAGUUCAGGGAAUCUGGAACAUCGGUAUCUAUGGCAUGAAUACUAAAAGUGUUCCAUUUUUGAUGGAAGAUUCAAAUUGUGAUGAUGAAACUGUUUCGGCACGCGAUAUUAGAGCGUGUAUGGAAAAAAGUCGUAUACAAUCGAUCGUAUUCAUGGAAGGUCAACAAUAUUUAAUAGAUAAAUUUGCCAUACCAUUCGUACCGGAUUAUAAUCCAUUAACUAAACAGAUUUGGGAUCAGGCCAAAAAUAUGGUUUCCGAAUCACGUUUUAAUGAUUCAUUAUUGGAAACAAUGUUCAACAAAUGGAACAUCUACUCUCCUGAUCAUGAAAUAUUGCUCGGUCUCAAUUCAGAUGAUGACUAUCAAUUCGAAAAAUAUAAUAAAAUUACCACAUAUAUACGUUUCGGUGAUUCAAGUGAAGAUGAUUAUGAAUAUGAUGGUGAAACUGGUGGCAAUAAUAGUGAAGAAGAAGCUGAAGAAUCAAACGAAGACGAUGAAAAGAAACCAUCAAACAAUACAAACGAUAAUAACAAAGAUGAUGAUAAUGAUAGUAAAGAAGAAGAAGACGACGAAACAAGCAAUACAAGUGCUAACAAUAAGAACAAAGAAAUGGACGAAAAGUCAUCAUCAUCAACAACAACAACAACGACAGAGUCCAAUUCGAAAAUCGAUAGUAGCAACGAAGAAGCUGAAGAAAGUAAUGAUGGUGAUUAUGAAACUGAAGAAGAAGAAGAAAGACGACGUCGUCGUCGCCGUCGAAGUCAUAAACGUCCACAACGGCAAACACUUGAGCAAUCGAAUUUUGAUAAAGAUGAAAUGGUUAAAUUAUGUCGACUAGUCAAAAUGUAUCAUGUACAACAGGAACAAAAUAGUGCUGAAGGGGUUAGCCCGAAGGUCUCAAUCUAUCGUGUUGAUCCAAAAGUUUUGGUCAAUCUUCUUGAAGAGAUAAGCAUUGCUUUUGGUGUGAAAACUAAUCAUUGGUUGAAAGGAUUGGAAAAAUAUACAAUGAAUAUUUGGAGCUCAUUUGCUACCAACGGAUUGGAUGGCUUACGAAUGUCUGAAUCGGAAAUAUCAACAUAUGACUCGAAAAUAGGCUCAACGAAUGGACCGGUAAAUAUAAUAAACAUUGGACAAGCCAAAGACGAUGAAAAUGGUGGACAGAUUUCUAUAAGGACAUUCGAUUGGAAACAAUUGUGUCCAAUACAAAUGUAUUGAGAAUAAUCGAAUUAAAUAAUCUAUAAUAUGAUAGAGCCAUCAUCAUCAUCAUCAUUUUCAUCUGAAAAACUAAA